AACGAGUAUUGUGACUACGUCAUACAUAAUGGGCGGGAAAAAGAUUACUUCAACUUUUGGCGGGAAAAUCAUACGAACCAAAAUGGCGGAGGGUAUAGGCCCCCCUUUAUUUUCUACUCUUCACCGGGUUAUCUCUUCAUACUUCAAGAACAUUGAGAAGGUUGGGCAAUACUACAAAGGUUAUGUAGACGGGGAAGAUAACUAUAAAAACUUUCUCGAUGAUUUCUCUGCUGUAAGUUCAAAUUCAUUUUGCGUGCGAACUUCAGUAGAGAGAAAAAACUAUCACAGUGAGGAUCAGCUCAAUAAUGCUUCGCAAAAUAGUAACAAAGAGCAAGGGGAUGAAGAUCAGAGAAAUGCAGCAGCGGAGGGAGUAGAGGGAAAAGCACCGCAGAGAAGGCUAAAUCGUACAGAAGGGGAUCCAGUUUGGCAGAGCACGCGUGGACACAAUCCGAUAGAAUUCUUUGGCAGUCCAUUUAAAGUAGAAUCUAAUGUGCAGCUCGAAUGUACUUACGGACAGAACAGACAUGACAAAAACAAAGAAGAUUCGCCAGAGGAGAGCAUCAAUAAUCAUCCAAGUUGGAAAAAACGACGAAUGAGGCUGCAAGAUUCGCGAAAACUUGGAUGUCCUGCAAAGAUCUUUGUGCGAUCUAUAACAGUGUACCAAGAUUAUGACAUAUCUGAUAAAGCCAAGACUGAAAGUCGCAGACAUUUUGACAGAUUUACAAAGAAGGAGUGGUUGCAGAAGUUGAAGGAAAAUAUCGGAAAUCCUGAUCUUAAAAUUUUUAAACGAUAUUACCUAUGUGUUCCGGACCAAUGCGCCCAUACAUCGCACGCUGUUGGUGUUUUUGCCGGGCUGGGCCAACCAAUUAACCAGAAGGUGAAAGAACAAAUUCACAAACUGACAAAUUCAGGUGUAUCCGACGUCCAGACAAUGAGAGAGCUGCUGAAAGAUUUUAUCUUAAAUGAUAUGUUUGCACACACCAGCAGAAAGCCAGAUGUACUUAACACCGCAUUCUUUCCAAGAGAUAGGUGCAUUGCAAACCACAUGUAUAUAGCUGCCACGAAACAGAAACUUAGCUGUAUGGACCAGGUAAAUUUACAGCAGAGAAUCAAAGAAUGGGAGCAACAAGACCCUGAACGAAAGUUUUCCUUCCGAGCAAGUAAAAUUUGUGAUGGUGGAGAAGACAGGCUUCAAGAAGACUUGAACAGCCCCAAUUGUGACAAUUCAACCGCAAUUAGCAAAUUCAAUCCGCACCAAAUAAAAUCCAGACAAUUUGAUCAAAAGCUACUCUACGUCCACCAAGAACCAUGGCAGCAAGACCUGUUGAAAAACUACGGUAAUAACAUAUGCUUGAUGGAUGCAACAUACAAAACAACAAAAUACGCGUUACCUUUGUUCUUUGUCAUCGUAAAUACAAAUGCUGGGUACAAAGUUGCAGCGGAAUUUAUCACUCAAGAAGAAAAUACAGAGUCGGUUGAAGAGGCAUUGCUUGUUUUGAAGAAUUGGAAUCCAAGCUGGAAACCACAAUUCUUCAUGUGUGAUUAUUCCCAAAUUGAAAUAAACGCUAUUGAGUCGGUAUUCUCAGAAUGCGGAACAAAAGUACUGAUAUGUGCUUUUCACAGAGAGCAAGCCUGGGAACGUUGGACCAAACGAAAGGAGUCAACACUAAGUCAUGAAGAAAGGAAAAAGUUACUGCGAUACUUACGUACAGUAGCCGACGCCCCAGCAAAUGAUGAAGAGAACACUAAUCCUUUUCAACUUUCUGUUGAUAACCUUAAAUCUACCCAUGUUUGGAAUUCGAAACCUAACGUUCGAGAGUACAUCAACCAGUGGUGGUUGUCUUGCCCAGAACGCUGGGCACGCGCAUUCAGAGAGAGCGAUCUAGACAGAAAUGUUAACACAAACAAUGGAGCUGAGUCUCUAAACAAGCUUUUAAAAUACAAAUUUCUCAAAAAAUCUGCAGAAAAAUCCCUAUGUGCUAUAAUAUCACUUGUAAUCGACAAAUUUCUACCACACUUAUACAGAGAGUUCCUGACAGCAAAUGUAAAAUCAAGAGAGACAAAUGGAAUACGGUCUUACGGCUCAUUUGUCCCCCCAUUUCUUAAAGGGCGACCACGAAAAUUUAUUGAGCAUUGUUUACCUCGAAUAAAAAAUGCUGAAACUGACUUUAACGGGAAUAAGAACUUGCUGCGAACAGAUAUCGGAAAUAAAUUGUUCGAAGUCAAAUCUUCAAAUGAUCAGAAGGUUUACUCCUGCGACUUGAAACUCCCUCGAUGCGACUGUAUGGAUUGGCGCCGGAAUAAGUUACCAUGUAAGCACAUGUUUUACGUCUUCAAAUACGUUCCAGUUAUUGAUUAGGAUACUUUGCCAGCUGCGUACUUACAACAAGACUUUCUGAAAGUUGAUGAUCGGCUUCUACAUCGUGCAUUGGCAGAUUCUGCUUGUCUGGAGGAUGCGACAUUAGAAACUAAAAUAAGGAAAAAAAACUCUGUAGAGAACGAUACCGGGGUCGAAGUAAAUAUCGGGCACAAUGUAGACAAUGUAAAUAAAUACAAAGAGAGAGACUCCCUGGAUGAAUUUGAAAAUUAUGAAUCAUUUCAAAUUUUGAAAUCGCAAUCGGCAAAAAUCCUUCGUCGUAAAUGUAUUUCUUCUUUAGAAACAUUAAAGAACAAGAUCUUCGAGUGUCAUGAAAGAGUUACGCUGAAAGAAACGUUAGAUACAUUAAAUGAUAUGGUGAAAAGAGUCAAUAAAACUCUUCUUAAAGAUCCGAGUCAAAGUAUCCCAUUGACCUCAUGCAAGUCGCAGGCCCUUAUCCAAAACAGGACAGGAACAAAGGACAAAAUUCUACCAUUAAAAAGAAACAACUCUCGCAAGCGCAAACAAGAACACUGGAGGUCUCGAGGUCGCUGUGGUCAAGCAGCUAGUGCAUUUCGCGAGUCAAAAAAGUUCAAGCUGUCCAGUGAAGAUAAAGAAAAAGAAGUCGAAGUAAGCAUCGUGACGGGAGAUCUGGUCAAGUCAGAAAAUGUAGCAAAUUCAACGCCAGUACCCGAAGAAUUUUAUGAAAGUGCGCCUGCAAGCCGUCCUGGACAAAAUGUUGCAAAGCCUACCUGCAGUGCAGACCGGUCAGCGAUACCAUUAUGGGGAGGAUCUAUUGCAACAGGGAACAGAGUUGUCAAGCUCUCCAAUACUUGCCCAGUUGAUAAUUGGCUUAUGCUACUAGCAGUCGCAAAUCUCGCACAUUCAAACGCAUAUCGUGCAGCUUGGAGCAUGGCAUACAAUGAUGAAAUAGCUAAAGUCUUUAGAUUCGUGCCGCUGUGCCAGUAUCUUGAAGCUAAGUUGCACAUUGCCAAAAUGAAUGGAUUAGAACCAGUCAACAACACAAUAAACAUGUAUGGUAAUGAACAGGAGUUGUUUAUUCGUUAUCUCUCAUUCGCCUUUGAGCAUUCGAUUAGAUCCACUUGCUCUAGUCCAGCAUGCCCCCAAGGUGUAUUGAAUAAAACAUUCAAGCUUUUCCCUCGUUUGCCUGGAUCAACGCAGUAUUUAGCAGAUGAUGUUACAUCUUUUGUCAAUGAAUGGCUUUUGAACGGUUCCUUGUCACGCUGUGGACGAAAAAUGCAAGGAGAGUCAUUUCCAAUCGACCUCACAUUUCCUAGUGAGCAGCUCAACACAGAAACCGGAAAAAAUGAAAUAAAAUUUUACUGCAAUGGUCAAAGGUCAUUUGAAGCAAAGAAAUUCAUCAAGUGUGAAAUACCCCCCUUGUUGCCAGUACAAGUUGACCUCCCUAGCAAGAAUGGCAAUCUACCAUUUGAAAAUAUCCCAAUGUGUAUCAGACUAUUGAAUGGACAAAGGUAUCAUCUGGUUGGAGCUACAUUGUGGAGUGCAUCCAUGUCACAUUAUACUGCAUUAAUAAGGUAUAAGGAAUCAUGGGCCUUUUAUGAUGGCUUCAACAAAAACCUGAAAGAGAAAAUAACAAAUCCAGCAACAUCACAAGUGCCCUCAUUUUGUCUGUAUGCUCUUUCAAUAUGA